AUGGCGGAAAAAAGGAAACCAGACCUUCUUGAAGCUAACAGGCUUUCUAAAAGUCGUCGGAGAGAUCUGAAUCAGAGAAUUACUCUCCAAUGGGGAGAGUACAAUAUUGACAUACCAUCACGGAAUGAACCCAGCAUCAAAGAAAUACAUGAUUUCUUGCAAGAGCUUGACAAACGAUCAAGCUAUCCGCAGACAAUAGCAGCGAAUUGCAACCGCAAGAGUAUGAUUGACACUAUUGAGUAUCUGUCAGGCUAUCCUUUAACAAACGACAUCAUUUUGAUCCGAGACCUUGAGAAAUUAGAUGAUGUGCUAAGACGUCCGUUCGAAACACCAAUUCUAUAUCGACAAGCUAAAUCACAACAUCAUCAAAACGAUCUGAAUAUCAAGUGCUUUUUACAGUGGCUUUCAGAGAAUGAAAACAAAAAUUUGCAUGUCUAUGAUUAUUCUAUCACAGAUCCUUCUCUAAGGACUCGCGUCACCACCGUCGAAGAAGUUCUUCAAACCUUUCCAUCUACCGGGAAUUCAAAACCACUCAACCUUCUUAAUCUCGAGAAUCAAUCAGGCACUUUGUACUGUCUCGGACAAAUUUCCAAUCAUGAUAUCCGGGUCAAAAUUGCGCGCCGAAAAUCAGAUGAUGCAGGAAAGAUAGGAUCAACCUGGGUGUUGGACAAGGCCAGUGAAUUUUUUCUGCUAUCUUCACGCAACACCGUUUCCUCUAUCCAUAUAGACAAUGCCGGUCAACUCACAUGGAUUGAGAUCCUGGAAGGGCGAAAGAUUUGGUAUUUCCCACGAUUCCUCCACAUGAGGACUCUUCGCUGGCUGGCUGAGGCCGGUUCUCAGUCGCCAGAGCAUAAUCGAGAUGGCUGGGUCAAGGUGGAGCUUUGUGCGGGUGAUAUUCUGUAA